AGUAUCUCUCGACUCUGUCACCCAGAACUUCGACGAACCGCAGUAGGAGAUAGAGAACUCGAAAAAUAUCAUGGCAAAAGGACUCAUUUCGAUCUUGCUGGCCGCUUCUAUGGUCGCAUUGGCGAGCGCCAGUGGAGCCAAAGAGGCCACACGUGACAACUUCGAUGAACUGACGAAAGGGAAAAAUGCAUUCGUCAAAUUUGUGAGUUUAAAGUAGGAGCUUCAAUUUGAGUUUUCGGCGAUCGUUUGCCAGAGCAAAUGUUCUUAUACCUUCUUUCUCUCUUUGUACAAUUUUCUAUGAACGCUYGCGAAGUUGGCCCCUUGGUAAGUCAUUCUUUCCGGGUUUCUUAUUAGGCCGAAAAAAGUCGAAUAAUAUUAUCAUUUACGCUGACACAACAUACACUGAUUGUUAUCUCUCCCUUCCCCCCGACAGGUGAGGCCAUUGCAAAUCUAUGAAACCCGCUUGGGACAAACUAGGAGAUGAAUAUGCAGCUUCAUCUACCGUCCUAAUUGCGGAUGCUGAUUGUACCGAUGAAKCGGCGCAACARUUAUGCCAAGACUUCGGAAUCAGUGGUUGUACGUACUUUACUGCUGGUGCAGUUUUCUUUGCUUUUCUGACCGCAAAGAAUUUCAAGUCAACCCUCACCCUUAACCUUCGCUAUUUUUAUGAUUGAUUUGACACUCCGUCGUACCCUACCUUUUCAGACCCCACAAUCAAAUAUUUCCUUGACGGCGAUAAGGAAGGAAGCGACUAUCAAGGAGGAAGAGAUUUUGGUUCAUUGAAACAAUUUGUCGAAGACACCCUCGAAAUCAAGUGUAAUGUUGACGAUGGAUCCGAUUGCACAGACAAAGAAAAGGGCUACAUUGAGAAAAUGAAGGCGAAAGGCUCGGAUGAAAGAGCCAAACAAAUCAAACGGCUCGAAGGAAUGGCAGGCGACAGCAUGAAGGCCGAGCUUAAGGAUUGGUUGCGCAAGCGACUUCACAUUUUGCGAAUGUUGGAGCGCUAAGGCGUUCCAGCAGUAACCGUCGCUAUCGYGUUUCUAGGAGAAUGGCGUUUGAAAUGAUCAAAAAGCCAGAGGGGAUGUGGAUCGUAGAUGGGAUAAACUCAUGAGCUGCACAAAGCAUGGGGGAUAUGAGAGGAUGACGACGACGGAAAGGUUGAGGAUCGUGAAUUACUCAUGUUUCUUGAUCAGUUUUCGUUGGCUGAAAGGACUCAUUCUAUUACUAUUACGACAGCAUCGCCAUGGUAUUUGAUAAUUCAACAUUGCAACUUGUUGGAAACAGUUCAUUAUAAUUUGAAAGUAAACGAACGAGCGUGAAGUGCUCGGUUAUUCAUUCGAUAGCUUUUGUACGUUAUGCACCAAAUAUGUGCUGCCAAUAACCUCAAACGAACCUG